GAUGGCGGCGCCUCUGGAGGAGUAUGAGAAAGAAGCGGGCUGCGUCCCCAUCCUGCACCCGGAGGAAAUAAAGCCUCAAAGCCAUUACAACCAUGGAUAUAGUGAAUCUCUUGGACGGAAAAGCCACAUUGAUGAUUACAGCACUUGGGACAUUGUCAAAGCCACACAGUAUGGAAUAUACGAACGAUGUAGAGAGUUGGUGGAAGCAGGUUAUGAUGUGCGACAACCAGACAAAGAAAAUGUAACGCUUCUCCACUGGGCUGCAAUCAACAACAGGAUAGAUCUGGUGAAAUACUAUAUAUCAAAAGGUGCUAUCGUUGAUCAGCUUGGAGGAGAUUUGAAUUCUACCCCACUUCACUGGGCAACAAGACAGGGUCACUUAUCCAUGGUUGUACAGCUGAUGAAAUAUGGGGCAGAUCCGUCGCUAAUUGAUGGAGAAGGAUGUAGCUGUAUUCAUUUGGCUGCCCAGUUUGGACAUACUUCGAUUGUUGCUUACCUGAUAGCAAAGGGACAGGAUGUAGAUAUGAUGGAUCAAAAUGGAAUGACACCUUUAAUGUGGGCAGCUUACAGAACACAUAGUGUGGAUCCAACCCGAUUACUACUUACAUUUAAUGUUUCUGUUAAUCUUGGAGACAAAUAUCACAAAAACACAGCAUUGCACUGGGCUGUGCUAGCAGGAAAUACUACAGUUAUUAGUCUUCUGUUAGAAGCUGGAGCUAAUGUUGAUGCUCAAAAUAUAAAGGGAGAAUCACCACUUGAUCUAGCAAAACAGAGGAAAAACGUUUGGAUGAUCAAUCACCUACAGGAAGCAAGACAGGCAAAGGGAUAUGACAGUCCAUCCUUUCUGAGAAAACUAAAAGCGGAUAAGGAAUUCCGUCAGAAGGUGAUGCUGGGAACUCCUUUCCUAGUUAUUUGGCUGGUUGGCUUUAUAGCAGACCUAGACAUUGAUUCUUGGCUCAUUAAGGGGCUGAUGUAUGGUGGCGUUUGGGCUAUGGUGCAGUUUCUUUCAAAGUCAUUCUUUGAUCACUCCAUGCACAGUGCACUGCCUCUUGGAAUAUACUUGGCAACUAAAUUCUGGAUGUACGUGACGUGGUUCUUCUGGUUUUGGAAUGAUCUCAAUUUUUUCUUUAUACAUCUUCCAUUCCUUGCUAAUAGCGUUGCACUUUUCUACAAUUUUGGAAAAUCCUGGAAAUCUGAUCCGGGAAUUAUCAAAGCCACGGAAGAACAAAAGAAAAAGACAAUAGUAGAACUUGCAGAGACAGGAAGUCUGGACCUCAGUAUAUUCUGCAGUACCUGCUUGAUACGGAAGCCAGUGAGGUCCAAACACUGUGGUGUAUGCAAUCGAUGUAUAGCGAAGUUUGAUCACCACUGCCCGUGGGUGGGUAACUGUGUAGGAGCAGGGAACCAUCGCUAUUUUAUGGGAUACCUGUUCUUCCUGCUUUUUAUGAUCUGCUGGAUGAUUUAUGGAUGUAUCUCUUACUGGGGUUUCCACUGUGAAACAAGUUAUGCAAAGGAUGGAUUUUGGACCUAUAUUACACAGAUUGCUACCUGUUCUCCAUGGAUGUUUUGGAUGUUUCUAAACAGUGUUUUUCACUUCAUGUGGGUGGCUGUAUUACUCAUGUGUCAGAUGUAUCAGAUAUCUUGCUUAGGUAUCACUACAAAUGAAAGAAUGAAUGCAAGAAGAUACAAGCACUUUAAAGUUACAACCACAUCUAUUGAAAGCCCAUUCAACCAUGGCUGUUUAAGGAACAUUAUAGACUUCUUUGAAUUCAGAUGCUGUGGUCUUUUUCGGCCUGUUAUCGUGGACUGGACAAGGCAGUAUACAAUAGAAUACGACCAAACUUCAGGAUCAGGCUACCAGCUAGUGUAGCACCACCUUUGUCCUGUGAGCAUAUCAUAUCUGAGUGGUGCCUGAAAAAUUUUCUCUCUCUCUCAAAUCCGCAUCCCUUGAAGAGUAGCAUGCUAUGUGUAGGGCUGAUGAUGAAUCUUA